GCCAAAGUAAAUAGAAAUCAAGAAAAAAUGCCUUCUUUAUCUUUUUCAACUUACUUGGUACUCAAGGCAAUUACCAUUGCAGCAUUAACACUAUAUCCAUCCAAUGCUCAACUGAGCACAACGUUUUAUGCCUCCACAUGCCCAAAUGUCUCUAGCAUUGUUCGCACUGUGGUUCAACAGGUCAUGAAUUCCGACUCCCGGAUCGGCGCUAGCCUCAUUCAUCUUCUUCAUGAUUGCUUUGUCGAGGGAUGUGAUGCUUCAUUGCUGUUAGACAACAGUGACAGCAUACAGAGCGAGAAAGAUGCCGGUCCAAAUGCCAACUCCGCUAGAGGCUACGAUGUCGUUGACAACAUUAAAACGGCCGUGGAAAAUUCAUGCUCGGGUGUCGUAUCCUGCGCUGACAUUCUCGCUCUCGCGGCUGAAUCUUCCGUGUCUUUGUCAGGAGGUCCAUCUUGGGACGUACCAUUAGGAAGAAGGGACAGCUUAACCGCGAACCGGGCCAAAGCCAACACUGCUCUUCCGUCACCUUCCGAAGGCUUAGCAAACAUAAUGGCCAAAUUCUCUGCUGUCGGCCUAGAUACCACAGAUCUUGUUGCACUAUCAGGCGCGCACACUUUCGGACGAGCUCAGUGCCGAACGUUCAGCAACCGUCUGUACAACUUUAGCGGCGGAAAUCCCGACCCAACACUCGACUCCUCAUACUUGGCCGCCCUGCAACAAACAUGUCCACAAAACGGCGACGGAACGAAACUGACCAACCUUGAUCCCAGUUCGGCCGAUACUUUCGACAACAAAUACUUCACCAAUCUGCAUAACAACCGGGGACUUCUUCAGUCGGACCAAGAGCUGUUUUCCACGACCGGUUCUGUGACUGUUUCGAUUGUCAACAGUUUAAGCAGCGACCAAAGUGCUUUCUUUGACAGCUUCGCUCAGUCGAUGAUCAAUAUGGGAAAUAUAAGCCCUUUGACGGGAAGUAAGGGGGAAAUUAGAGCGGAUUGUAAGAAGGUUAAUGGAAGUUAAGGACGUCUAUGAGAAGUACGAGAUUUUGUGUUGUUGAGGACAACUUAAGUAAAGUCUUAAACCUUUUAUGAAAGU